AAAGCUAAGAAAGAAAGAAAGAAUACGAUGGAAAAGCAACCGGAAAAGCCGAAAGAGGAUGCCUAUCAUCACCACCACCACCAGCAACAGCAGCCGCCGCUUCAUAUCUCUCCAAUGAUACCGGUGACGGAAGGUGCCUACGGUGGUGGAAUGUACGGAACGGAGGUUGGACAACCGAAGCAACCAGUGAAAACACCAGCCAGUGACACCCAAAGCGCAGAUGGGCCUGUUGGGCCCAACAUCGAACCCAAGCACAAGCCCCCUCCUUCAUCCGGUGACCGAGAUAUCGACAUCACCGGUCAAUCUUACAUACAAUAGUGUUAGAAUUAAAAAGAAAAACAACCCUCUUUCUAGGUUGCGUUGGUAUGUAUUUUCAA